AUGGAGCGAUUCUCCAUCUUGUUUUACCAGAUUAAUCCACACGAUUAUCCUCUCUUCCUGCAGUGCGAGCGCAGCACGGAGCAGCCGGGGGUUAUUCUGAUGGAGUCUCGCGCGAUGCAAGGAAUCCGCUGCUUCGUUCCUGUGGGCUAUCUCUUCUCUAUCUUGUACUUCUAUGGAUACCACCGCCCCCGCCUGCCUUUUGCCGACCGCCCCUUGUCGAAGCUGCACCACUACUUCUACCCGAGCGCGGGGUACAGCACCCCAGUGGGGGCUCUUCUUGGAUUGGCGUAUGCCUACCACUACGAUGGCUGCGUGGCGUGCUCAGAGGAGAGCGUUGCACGCGCGAUAAAGCGUGAACGUGCCAUGGCAGUUAUUGCAUGUAGGCAGCACAUGCAGAAGCAGCGAGAGGAGGAAGAGGCAGCGCGGAAGCGUUUUUCUUGGUGGCGCCGCCUUGUUUCAUCCAAGGCGGCCGCCGCGCCACUUACGGCAUCCUACGAGGAUUUUCUGGACCCUAACGGCAUCUUGAGUGUCGGAAGGCAGACGGCUGAGGUACAGGAUCCGAGUUUUUAUCGGCACUACAGCAAACAACAGGUGGAUGCCUUGGUGAGCGCGGCGAUGAAGCUGCGGCAGUCACCAGAGGAGCGGCGUUGGCUGCGGACCGCGGGUCGCCUGGGCGGCUAUGGCAUUAUGGGAAUGCUGCUGACGUGGAACAGCGGUGGGAUGUUUUUUCGGUUGUUCAUGGGACUUGGGCUGGGUGUUGUAAGCGGCGCGCUCAUAUCUGGGACGAAGUUGGAUUCAUGA